CAAAUAAGGUACAACAACUCACCUUUUGGCAUUUUUUCAAGCCACAUCCACUGAACAACCGCUGAACACAAGUCCUCUUUCGAAGAAUGAGCACCUCAGCUGGCGUCAUCUCAUUCCUCAUUCAACCAGGCAAAAAUUUUGUCCUCGAGGCUGAGGCAGACAUCAACAUUAAACAAGUCUCGCUACACGAGGAUCUCGUGGACAAUAGCCGUUCUUCGCUGAAGAUCUUCUAUUCCGCUCCUGAUGAGAAUGAUGGGUCUGAGGAUGGCGAGAGCUCCAAGAGCGUUGGGGAGGAGGAAGUGAACUCGGCUGUCAUUGCAAACUUUAUUCCUGGAGUAAUUGAACAUCAGCCUGUCAGGCUGGUCAUUCCUGAGGGUCAAAAGGUCUCCUUUGAAAUCACUGGAAAGAACUCGGUUUAUCUUUCUGGAAACAUCAUUCUCCAAUUGCCUGUAGAUCUGCCCUCCGAUGAUGAGGACGACUUCGGCAGUGAGAUUGAUGCUAUGGAUGAUGAGGAGCGAGACGCCUUCCUUGCAGACCUAAUCCGCGACGACAAGCAGAGAACGAAGGAGCCUAAGAAUGCUUCGAGCGAUGCAGUCCUCAAGACCAAGAACAAGCGACCGGCUGAGGACGCUGGUCCAUCCGGAGUCGACGAAGCAAGGAAGAAGAUCAAGACUGCUGACGGAGCCCCAAAGAUUGUAGCAACACCAGCGAAAAAGGGAGAGACUCUGAAGGGAUCUCCUUCAAAGGAGGACAAACUAACUCCAGCUGACACUCCGGCAAAGAAAUCCAAAGCAGGAAAGUCGCAGAAGGAGAGUGGAAAAGACACUCCAGUGAAGAAGGAUAGCGGCGUCCCGAAGGAGACGCCGUCACAGAAAGCGGGUGGGAAGGAUACUCCAGUGAAGAAGGAUGGCAAGGUCCCAAAGGAGACGCCGUCACAGAAAGCGAGCGUGAAGGACACUCCGGUAAAGAAGGAUGGUACCGUCCCAAAGGAGACGCCAUCACAGAAAGGGGGCGUGAAGGAUACCCCAGUGAAGAAGGAUGGUAGUGGCCCGAAGGAGACGCCAUCACAAAAAGAGGCAAAGAAGACUACUGAAGCCGGUGAAACGGAACCAGUGAAAGCGGGGGGUGACAAAUCAGCGAGGACUGUAACUAAAGGGGGGGUGAAGGUAGAGGAUAAGUUGGUUGGAAGUGGGCCUGCCGCGAAGCCGGGGAAGACGCUCUCAAUGCGAUACAUUCUCCGUUCGAAAGCAGGAAAGAUUUGGGAUCAGAACGUCAAGGGCAAGCCGUUCAAGUUCAAGCUUGGCGCCGGCGAGGUCAUUAAGGGAUGGGAUGAAGGUUUGACUGGCAUGCAUGUGGGCGGUGAGCGGAAACUUGAAGUUCCCCCAGAGAUGGGCUAUGGGAACCGGAAGACAGGAGAUAUUCCGUCUAACUCCACAUUAUACUUCGAGGUCAAGCUUCUCGAUGUCAGCCCUUGAACGGCGGGAUAAACCCAUCAUCUUCGUUGUCCUCUGGAUUUCUUGCUUAUUGGAUAUUAGUCUCAAAAGUACAAUACCUACUCCGGCAGCACACGGCUUUCGCAGGAUCGUAGGAUAUGAUUUCGCUCACAUCCCUGGAUUUUGAUGUCUCGUCCUAUUAUGCUUGGUGUGUGCCUGUAUGACAAAUUAUGCAUAUGGUGCAUUGGCGUGUCCUCAGGUAGUUCAGCUCGGUGGAAAGCCGCUUUGACAGUACUGUUGCAGCGAGAUCCGACGGGUAUACGAUCAAUGAGGGACGCGAAACAUGGGCUCUAUUUUACUCGUUGCUGCACGCGUCCCGGGUCACGCUUGCAGACUAGUGAUGGUGACUGAGAUACAUAAUAUCCUUCUCGUGAGCUGUUGGCACGCUCAUCUGUACGUUUACGG